UUGGAAACGGGGGAGCAUCCGCGGCGCUGCCGGGAGACCCGCCCCUGCCGCUCCAGCCGCACUCGCGGGCGCUGCUGGUGGAUGGCCGGGGGGAGUCCCGCGACCCACUCGCUGCGGGCCGUCGCCGUCUCGACCCCGAUCCGUCUGCCAGCGCCUCUGUGACCCGGGGAGCCUGCGGGCACCCUGCCGGUGGCUGCAGGGAGGACGGCGGGGACCUAGGCACCAUCCGGGAGGCGAGCUGGCAGGGCACUUUGGCCCCUGAGCAAGCCCGAGGACGCUGGCCCCGGGACCCUCGACGGGUCUUCGCCCGUCGGCUCUCCUCAGCCCUUCUUGAUCCUCCCGCGCCCUCCGCGCGGGGCCGCGCUCUUCCCGUCGGCUCCCCGCCCCUCUAGGGAGCCUAGGUGUCUCUGGGCUCCACCCCGUCCCUCCCGGGACCUCUCCCCCUCCACAACCUUCCCCCACCCUGGAGGCCGGGCUGGACACGACCCAGAGCUGCCACCGCCCGCUUCUGCCACUCCAUGGAGGACAGUCUGCUGGAGAUGAUGACCAAGGACGGCGGCGACAUGCCGGCGCCUCUGGAGGUGUCCACGGUGCCAGCCGUGGGGGACGUGCUCUCUGGGGAGUAUAACGGUGGCAUGAAGGAACUCAUGGAGCACCUCAAGGCCCAGCUGCAGGCCCUGUUUGAGGACGUGAGGGCCAUGAGAGGGGCGCUGGACGAGCAGGCCUCGCACAUCCAGGUUCUGUCGGACGACGUGAGCGCCAACCAGCGGGCCAUAGUCUCCAUGUGCCAGAUUAUGACCACCGCGCCCCGCCAGGGAGGUCUGGGCGUGGCCGCCGGCAAGGGGAGCUCCCCGAGUGCUCCCCACGAGCCGGAGUCACCUUCGCCCGGGAUCGGGGACGGCGGCUCGCUGGGUCGCGAUCCCAAUGAGGAGGACGAGGACGACGAGGAGGAGAAAGGGACGCCCAGCCCCGCCACACCCACCAGCCGCUGCGAGCGCGCUGGGAGUCCCUGCGCAGAUCUCCUUGGGGAGGAUGGGCCACUUGUGGAGCCCCUCGACCUGCCUGACAUUACCCUGCUGCAGCUGGAGGGCGAGGCCUCUCUGUGAGGGGGACCCCGCCGGGGCACCGGCUACCCGGGCUGGCUUUGGGUUUCCAAGCGCUUAACGGGGCGGGACUGAGCAGUGCGGCGCCGUGUUCUUCACUCCGAGCGAGGUCCUUGGAGGUCAGGGAGAGAGACUCCCUCGCAGAAGGAUCUGUAGGGUGAAGGACUUUGGAAGCCUCGCGAAUUCCGCCCAACCAUGCAUCAUAACAAACUGCAGAAAGGUGAGGUUCCCCGACAGGAAGUGCCCAUCUCUGGACUCCCAUCCAUCCCCUUACCUUGCCCUUUUCCCUCUUCCCAGGAAACAGGAGGACCAUCGAAUUAUGUAAAUAAACUUCUGCCUUUUCUAUUCUGAAAAAGGACUCACCUAGGACUUUGGCAAAUAAUCUCUAUUUACCUAGAAAUUAAGGUUUCGGGGUAUUCUGUUCUGGCAACAGGAAAUUUACCCUUUUGCUGAAAUCCCAAGACAAUACAGCGCUCUGCGGAAGCCUCUCUCCCUCACAGAUCUUUGCGGCUGCCGAUUUACGGUAAAGGAAGCUUGAGGGAACUGCAGCCCUAAGGAAUCUGGGUGCGUGGGGUCCCCAGGACCCCCCAGGCUGGGAGGAGCUGGCUAUGAGCGUGCAUGAAGACCCAGUAGCUCAAGCUCUGGCAUUUCGCAUGCAGAGCGGACCCUGCCCUGUCACCGACUUCAUCCGGGACUGCUUUUCCAGUCACCUGGGCCUGGGGAACUAGGCGCCCAGUUCACAGGCUGAGACCUGGGGCUGCUCAGCAACAGCCCAGAUUUAGGGGACUUUGAGGAACUCUUGAGGGGAGGGACGGGGAGGGCUGCAGCCAAAACCACAAAAAAACCUGUCUCUUCUGGCUCUACCGGCUUAACCUCAGCUCCUUUUUCUGUCGGUAUGUCACUGCCCUCUGCUUUUCGGUGUCGCCUCCAUCGCGUCUUGUGUUACCUGUGUCCACUUGUGUAGUAGUGUGUGAGCCCUCAGGGGCAGGGCUUGUGGCUCUAGUAUUAGGUUCAAGGGGCUUCAGCUGUGAGCCCCAGGCUCUCCUGGCGCUCUCUCCCCUCCCUUUCCCCCUUCGCCCCACUCCUCAACCAGGGCAUGGAGCAUGUGGCUGUCCUGAGGUCCCUUAACCGAUGUGCCUCCCUCCUACCUUCUGAAGUGGUGACUUUGUGUGCCCUUUCUCUGCUUUCCUUGGUGUCAACCUUAAUAAAAAAAGGCGUCAUCUCC